AAAAGGGAGAGAGAAAAGAGAAGAGUUUUUAUCGCGAAAAAACAGGAGAGAGAGAAAUUCCGGCGAAGUGCGGAAAGGUUCCGGCGAAGAGCGACAAAAAUUCCGGCGAAGAGAUGAAAGCUCCGGCGUGAGGAAUGGAAUUCCAGCAGAACAUGGGAAUAACUGCUAUUGUUUGGAGUUUGACUGUUUUUGAGAAAGAAGAAAUUUUGCAUAUAAACUGUCACAUGAAAUUUUGUUGUUAAUUAAGUCUUUGUUUCAGGUGUUUUUCAAUAGGGAACUCAACAUAUUGAAUAUGCUACAAAGUCUUCCCCACCAGGCUAUGCCAUCACCGGCUAGGCUUGGUCUGUCAAAUCCUAAUUCCCCAGCUCUUCAGAGUCCUAGUGCAACCAAGCAAGCCACUCAGUCUAACCAAUCUCACCAGCAGGUAACCUUGUUAGCCCCCAAAACCACCUCUUCCACUCUUCUCUCUCUUCUCCCUCCUCUUCCAAGGGCCCAAGCGCUUCUUGUGCAGAUGGCAUCCUUGGCGACCAAACUCUUUGAGGUCUCACCCAAUCGUGCUGUCUGGCUCAGUGCCUUCAGGGGCUCGCUUCCAACUUUCCUCCCUUCCCAAACCCAUUCUACAAGCACGCCCCCACUUGACUCCCCUACCUCUACUACCAAAGAAAAUAUCACUCUUUUCACUUCUCUUCAAACUCAAUUAUUUGAAGCAGUUGCAGAACUCCAAGAAGUUCUUGAUCUUCAAGAUGCUAAGCAAAAGUUAAACCAAGAAAUCCAAGUCAAAGAUUCUGCCAUUCUUUCAUUUGCUAAGAAACUUAAAGAGGCAGAGAGGGUCCUUGACAUUCUUGUUGAUGAUUAUGCUGAUUAUCGCCGUCCGAAACGAUCAAAAUUAGAAGAUUCAGAGAGUCCUUCCAGCACUACUACUGUUGCAUCACAGUUGAAAUUGUCUGACGUCAUAUCUUAUGCUCACAAAAUCAGCUAUACAACCUUUGCACCGCCUGAGUUUGGUGCAGGGGGGCCGCUUCGUGGGUCCCUGCCACCAGCUCCCCAGGAGGACCAAAUGCGAGCUUCCCAGCUGUAUGCUUUUGCUGAUCUUGAUAUAGGGCUACCUAAGACGAUGGAGGACAAGGAGAAAACAAUAGAACCCCUCAUUGAGACCCCUACUUUACUACCUUCUGACCCCAUGGCUGCAAUCAAUGGCCUCAUGCCUCCAAAUAUUACAGUUCCACCAGGCUGGAAACCGGGUAUGCCUGUGGAACUGCCUAUGGAUAUACCAUUACCGCCACCUGGAUGGAAGCCUGGUGAUCCAAUCGAUUUACCCCCAUUGGAAUCUCUUCCUAUGGCUGCUAGAGCUGGUGAGCGCCCGCCGCAGCCUGUUGCUCCUCCCGUGUUUCCAAGGGCACCUGAAACUAUACAGGUGCCACAUAUACGGAUUGACAUUUUGGAUCAAGAUGAUGAUAGUGAUGAGUAUACUAGUGAUGAGGGGAGCUCAGAUGAUGAAGAUUAAGGGGGAAACGGGGGUGUCUGUUCUUGGGAAAUAAAACAGUGGGAAUGAGAUUGCCAUAUUUUGGUUCGAAGGCUUGGGAACAUGAGGCCUGUCUCUAUAGCAUUUCACUUCCGGGACUUGUUCCAUCCUCAUAUACUGGGGACUCAUUGGACUGAUAAAGAUCUGAUAGUGGUUUUUGAUUGAAUUCUGCGUCACCUUUACCCAGCAAUGGACUUGCAGAUAUAAUUCUUAUGCAAGGAUGAGGGAAAUUUAGGUGGAAAAUGUUUGUUCCUCGACGUUUUGAAAUAGAAAUGUAAUGAGAAGUAGCAAGCUGAAGCAGGCAUUGUACCAUCUCUUAAGGUUAUCCCUGUGCUAUUUGACUCUUGUCUAUUUAUCUUGGCAGACAUGUAUAUAUUUCAUAGUGAGAAUACAAUCGUAUGCUACUAAGUUAUGUUGGGAUUUGAGAUCCAUGUUGUGGGUAAGAUUUGGUAAUCUGAGGGGCGAAUUUUUUUUUUGGGCAGAAUUCCUGACAAAUUCUCAUGGAUAAAUUACAACGACUUCUAAUCAUAAAAGUAUUUGUUGUUCUGGUAACUCUAAGAUGAGAUUUAAUCGUUUAUGUCAUGUCGACUAUCUUCCAUUUCUAUUCAAUGUCCUUUAUGGUCAUUGUGUUUGUGUAAUUGUGUGGGAUCAUGUCCUAUCUAUUUCUUGUUUGAUAAUAGAAUGUUUGUUAUUUAACCUUUUAUAUUUCA